AUGGAGGAAACUCCGGCCAUCGUCAAUGGCGUUAAGGUCCCAAUUGACACGAGCCAACGAAACCCUAAUGGCAUCGAAUUCGACAACCUCUAUCUUGAUUUGAAUGGAAUUAUUCAUCCAUGUUUCCAUCCAGAAGGCCUGCCUCCUCCGGCGACGUAUGAUGAGGUAUUCAAGGCGGUGUGCAAGUAUAUUGAUAGAAUCUUCUCAAUCGUUAGACCUCGGAAACUUCUAUACUUGGCAAUUGAUGGUGUUGCACCACGUGCUAAGAUGAAUCAGCAGCGUGCAAGGCGUUUCAGAGCUGCUAAAGAUGCAGCUGAUGAAGCCUCUGUAAAAGAGAGGUUCAGAGGGCUCCGUAGAUUGGAAGGGGAAAUCUUAGCUACCCAAAAGCUGGAUUCAAAUGUUAUUACACCUGGAACUGAAUUCAUGGCGUUGUUGUCUUUGGCUCUUCGUUACUUCGUACACAUGAGAAUGAACAAGGAUCCUGGAUGGCGGGGAAUCAAGGUUAUUCUUUCUGAUGCCAGUGUACCUGGUGAGGGGGAGCAUAAGAUAAUGUCUUACAUCCGAUUGCAAAGAAAUCUACCUGGAUAUGAUCCAAACACAAGACAUUGUUUGUAUGGAUUGGAUGCAGACUUAAUCAUGCUUGCAUUGGCUUCCCAUGAAAUCCACUUCUCAAUAUUAAGAGAGGAUGUCCGCAAGGAACUAACAAAUCAUAGAAAUUCAAAACAAAAUAUGUGGAAAACAAGGGGUGUGUUAGGGCAAGGGAAAUUUUGUAUCAAGAAUGUAGAGGACUUCAUCGUAAGGCAAAAGUUUCAGUUUCUCAACAUAUGGGUACUCAGGGACUACCUAGCACAUGACCUACUGAUACGAGAUCCAGCUGUGAAACCAGAUUUUGAGCGUUUGAUAGAUGACUUUGUCUUCAUGUGUUUAUUUGUUGGAAAUGACUUUCUACCCCAUGUGCCAUCGCUGGAGAUAUCGGAGGGUGCUAUAGACUUACUCAUGCUUGUCUACAAAAAGGAAUUUGUUCAAAUGGGUGGUUAUCUGACUAACUCUUUUGAGGUAAAUUUAGAAUGUGUGGAGAAGUUUGUACAAGCUGUGGGUUCCUAUGAGAAUGCUGUCUUCAGAAAACGGUGCCAGGUAAAAAAUGAAAGGGAAUUUCGCUUCCGAGGUUCUACAGCCAAUGGUGUUCAUAAGCGGAUUCAGAGCUCAACCAGUCAUACUUCUGAUGAUACAAAUUCUGCCAAUGACAAGAUUAAGCUGGGUGAAGAGGGUUGGAAGGAAAGAUACUAUACCGAAAAGUUUGUGGUUGAAACUGACGAUGACCGUGCGAGAGUUCAGAGUUGUGCG